AAAGUACUUGUACUCUUACCUCCGGGCACUGAUACCACACAUGUAUUACAUCAAAGCUUGCUCGGGAUUGCUAUCGAACCGCACAGAAUCAAAACCACAAGCGACAACACACACUAACACAAUGUCAAAGACAAACCCAACCAUGACUCGGCCCGAUUACAAUGAACCCCGUUUUCAAUCGACAAUUCCCCGCGCGCUGCGGACUCUCUUGGUGGUAACGUCGCUAGCCACCCUCCCGGCAACCAAAACGGCAGACGCCUUUGCCCCGGUGCCGAAGAAUUCUCAACAACACAGGCCGGUGCCGACGAGAACGACAGAAUGGGCAUCGCCAACUACCACCGAGUUGUCCAUGGUGUUUGACUUUUUCAAACAACGAUCCUCCGAGGGAAUCGAACAGCUCUCGAAACUGACGGACGCCGCCGCCAAGGGAAACCUCGGCCAGGGUCUGGCCGAUGCCGCCUCCUAUACGGCCGCCACCAACGAGGCAUUUGCGGCCGGCCUGGCUCUGUCCCGGAACCGGUUCCUAAACAACCUCGACGGUCUGUUCGGGGGUGCCUCUAGCGCGAGCACCAUCGAUGAGCUCCUCGAGGACUUACAGGACGUUUUGUUGCAGGCCGAUUUGGGAGUAGCCACCUCCGAGGAUAUCGUCGCCGAGGUCAAAUCGUUGUCAGAGAACAACAGCGAGGAAGGCAAGGACCCAAGGCUUCUCUCCCGGGAGGAUUUGAUGAGUGUCAUGCGGGGUGUCCUCAUCGAAACUCUGGAUUUCGAGACACCGGAUGGAGCGGUGGCUGCCGUGGAAGAAACCGCCGGCGAUGGCGACGACGCCAGCGAAGAAUCCGAACCCCCCUCCCCCAACUCGAUUCCCGGGGCGUCAGCGAUACGGUUUGCCUCGAAGGAAUCCAAGAUCCCGACCGUCCUCUUCAUCAUGGGGGCCAACGGCAUGGGAAAAACAACAACCAUCGGAAAACUUGCGAACCGAUUGAAGAUCGAGGGCGACCAGAAGGUAUUGCUGGCUGCGUGCGAUACGUUCCGCGCGGGUGCCGUGGACCAGCUACAGAUGUGGGCCGAUCGGGCCGAGGUCGAUCUGCUAGGGCCGACGCCGGACGGCACGUCCAGCCCCACGACGAUCGCCAAGGCGGCCUGCGAAAAGGCCCUGGCGGAGGGCUACGAUACCGUCAUGAUCGAUACGGCAGGGCGCCUCAGCAACAACUGGGAACUCAACGAGGAGCUGGUGCGAAUGAAGGGUGCCAUCCAGGAAGCCCUGGGAAGCGGGGACGAGAAGAAUGAGGACGUCCCCCACGAGGCGCUCCUGGUAUUGGACGCGGCACAGGGGCGAAUGGCGCUCGAUUCGGCACGGGUUUGGAACAAGGAAAUAGGCCUUUCUGGGUUGGUCCUGACAAAACUAGACGGCACUGCGAGGGGUGGCAGUGUCGUAGCGAUCAGCAAGGAACUGGAUUUGCCCGUCAAACUUAUUGGUGUCGGUGAAGGAAUCGACGAUUUGCGCGAUGUAAGUCCAAGAGCAGAAUAUGCUUGGUCGCCGUUCCGCUUUCUCGGUAACUAACACUGGUUUGGAUCGUUUGGAUCGUUUCUUUGCGUGCUGUCUUCAUUUUCUGUUGCUUGCACGUUUUUCUCUAUUCUUUUCCUUCUGACAAUACCAACACAGUUCGAAGGAGAAGCAUUCGUUGACGGUCUCUUGGGCAUAGGAUCUGCCGGAGGAAAAGCUUCAGGGACAGAAGGUGCCGAGCUGGCGUCGCGAUUAGAAGCACUGCGAAAAGAACGAGCGAAGCGCACACCAGUGGUUUCAAAGCAAGUAAGUGAAAACAAGGAAGCCAUCACCCCCCGAACUUUCAACCACGUCUCUCCACAGGGUGCUGCCCCCCCAAAGAGAACUAGCAAACGAUCAAACCGACGGAAAAAGGCCAAAAAAGGCAAGAAGCGGUAGAUAUGUGAUCAUCUGGUUAUGGAAGGCGACUCUGCCAUUUUCGAAGCUCAGCAAAAUAUAUCUUCGGACGAAAUGUUUCUACACAUGAAUCAUAGCUAAAUCUUAAAGUAACCUCAAGCUAGUAACGAUUUCCAACCUCUUCCUCUGAAAGAUAGCUCGAAUGAAUCAUUAGCUCGACA